UUCUCAUAAAGGUGUCUCUGCUACAUGGAACCACGGAACAUAUCGAAUGUCUCUGUAUUCCUCCUUCUCGGCCUCUCAGAUGAGCCAGAAAUGGAGUACCCUCUCUUUGGAAUGUUCUUGUUCAUGUACCUGGUCACAGUACUUGGAAACCUGUUCAUUAUCCUAGCCAUCAGCUGUGACAGCAACCUGCAUACCCCCAUGUAUUUUUUCCUGUGCAACCUGUCCAUAGCUGAUGUUGCUUUCACGUCUACCAUCACUCCCAAGAUGCUAAAUGACAUUCACACACACAGCAAGGCCAUCUCCUACGUCAACUGCCUGACUCAGUUGUCUCUGUUUAACUUAUUUGGAUGUAUGGACAGUCUUCUCCUCACUAUGAUGGCCUAUGACAGAUACGUGGCUAUUUGUCACCCGCUGCACUACCCAACGAUUAUGAAUCCAUUCUUCUGUGGUCUACUGGUUUUGAUAGCUUUCUUCAGCAGCCUUUUGGAAUCCCAGCUACAGUGCCUGAUGGUGUCCCAGCUUACCUUCUGCAUGGAGGUGGAAAUCCCUAGUUUUUUCUGUGACCCUCCACUACUCCUUAACCUUGCCUGUUCUGUCACCUCCACCAGUGUCAUAUUGGUAUAUAUUAUAGGUUUUAUCUUUGGUGGUGUUCCAGUCUCUUUGAUCGUUCUCUCUUAUGUACGAAUUGUUUCCUCUGUUUUGAAAGUUUCCUCUUCAGGUGGAAAAUACAAAGCUUUUUCUACCUGUGGCUCCCACCUGUCAGUUGUUUGCUUGUUCUAUGGAACAGGGGUUGGAGUAUAUCUCAGUUCAGUUCUCUCUCCUUCUCUCAGGACAGGAGCAGUGGCCUCAGUGAUGUACACUGUGGUCACCCCCAUGCUGAACCCCUUCAUCUACAGCCUGAGGAACAGGGACAUCAAGAGGGCCCUGCAGAGUCUCUUUACUAGAAAAAUCUACUUGUAA